AGGUUGGGCCCAACCCGGCUCCACUACACCAGCAAAUGGACACUGGCUCCAGCUUGGCUUACAUCCCGGAUGUGGUGGGGCUUGGAGGCGGUGUGUGAUCCCCUGCUACCAAGCCUUGUUUCCCCAGCCCUGUUCUCAGAGCAGAGCCAGCCUGUCCACAGGGCCAGCACCGGCCAUGAGCAGAGCCUGCUGAGCCCAACGGGAUCCGUCCCUCUCUGUGCUCACCCAUGGCGAUGGGAAGAGGGGCACCCUGAGCUCUCUGCUGCUUCUUCUGUGCGUCGGGGGAUGCUCGGUGCAGUCAGACGGGAGCAGAGCUCAGCAUGGUCUCCUCCUCAGAUCCCGCUGUCAUGGAAAACUCCCUCUCAAGCCCUAAUGGGAGCGAGAAGUCCCCCCCAUCCAAGGAGCUGCUGACCAGCAACACGGCCAGCACACUGUGCAUCAGCUCCCGCAGUGAGUCUGUCUGGACCAAUACCUCCAGGAGCAAGUGGGACAUCUACCACAAGCCCAUCAUUGUCAUGUCCGUCGGAGCAGCCGUCUUCCUCUUUGGGACAGUCAUCACCACCCUGUCGUGCUUCGAAUUCGAGAACAAGGCGGUGUACAAAAUGUGUGGCCCUGCUUUCCUGUCCAUGGGACUGAUGCUCCUCGUCUGUGGCCUCGUCUGGAUCCCCAUCAUCCGCAAGAAGCAGAAGCAGAGGCAGAAGUCACAGUUCCUGCAGAGCCUCAAGUCCUUCUUCUUUAACCGCUGAGCACCCCCCAGGAAGGCUCCCACCCCACUCCCCACGUUAGCCAUAAAAAGAAGCGUUCUCGUGUACUCUCCUUAGAGGAAUUUAUCCCAGUCCCUGCCCUAUAAGAUGGAACAUGCUGUACCGCCCCCCAGCAUGAAGGUGACCUUUGUAUUUUGCCCAGGGAACACCAGAAAAAAAGAGAUCAGGACAGUAUCCCACCUGGGAAGACCUCAGCCCAGCGAGCUGUGGCUCAGUGCCUGGAGCCCCAUGCAGGUGAGAACCCAGCACCAGGGCCAGGCAGGACAUGGCUCAAUGCUGAUCAGAGGCAGAAGAGGGGCACAGGAGAGGAGACCUGACCUGCACCUCCACGCAGCAUUCCCACCCCCUCCCAUGGAUCACCCCCUUAAAGCAGGGGGACAUUCCUGGGAAUGAAGACAGGCUGGCAAAGGGAUACAGCAGCUCUGCAACACCCUGCUUUGUAUUAGGACAGUGGGCAUCAGCACAGAACAACCUCCUUUUGGUUUGGGUGCCACAUCCCUCAGGAGCUGCCAACGCAGACAUGCUGGGAGCUCCGGAUAACACCAGGAGACCCACUGAAAGUAGAGGUUGAUCUGCAGACAUGGCCCAAAGCGCCCACAGUUCCCAAAGUCUCAUGAUGGCCGGGAUGCUCCCCCCGGGAUGGGGAUAAGGUUAGCAGUGCUGUAUGAUGGGGAGCAGAUGAGGCAGCUUCUGGCCCACAGCUGGCACAAGAUGCAUGUGCUCGAGGAACACAUCCCGCUGACCCAGCUUGGCUGUGCCCCGAGUUGUGUUUCUGUGCAGUGCACACGUGUCCCCUGCUGGUGCCAGCUGGUGAAUGGGGUGUUGGAGGUGCGCGGUCUGGCAGCAGACCCAGUAAACCUCCUCCUGCUCCUCAGCCAUUCAUCCCGCCGAGCAGUGCUCUGCUGUUAUUUUUGGUGCUGGCUUGGCACCAGACAGGUUCUCUAUUGAUUUGACUGCAGUGGGCACAGGCUCACCCCAAGCUUCUGCCCAAGGAUGAGCUGCAGCCAGAAAAGUAGGUGAGCAGCAGGGCUGGCAUGGAAGAAAUCACAGAGCAGUAUGAGGGAUGGGGGCACUGAAGGGGUCUUGUUCUGCACAUCUUGCAACCAAGGAGACAGCUGGUUAAAUGUCAAUGGGAUAAGAAAUCACUGAGAUCAGAAAUGUAACAGGAUUCCAUGCUGGUUAUUUAUAACAAGAAUAUUUGGUUUAAUUAAAGCAGAAAUACACCAAGGGUUUCACCUUGCUG